AUGGCUCAUACUUCGGAUGAAAUGCGACAAUAUCGUGAAGCAUUUUCAUUAUUUGAUAAAGAUCAUGAUGAUAUAAUAGCACCACAAGAACUUGGUAUUGUUCUUCGUUCAUGUGGUUUAUCACCAUCGGAAGCUGAUUUACAAAAAAUUCAACAACAAGUUGGUAGAAAAAUUGAUUUCGAUACAUUUGUACGAGUAGCACAAACAUUUAAAGCAAAUAAUCGUGAAACAGAAGAUGAUAUACGUGAAGCAUUUCGUGUUUUUGAUAAAGAUGGAACUGGUUAUGUUAGUGUUGCUGAACUUAAACAUGCAAUGAUAUCAUUAGGUGAAAGACUUUCAGAAGAAGAAGUUGAUGAAUUAAUACGUGAAGCUGAUAUUGAUGCUGAUGGACGUUGUAAUUGUGAAGAUCUUGUACGAAUUUUAACAAAUAAACAACGUUGA